UAUAUAUAGUCUUCUUCUCCACGGAUUCUUCCUUACAGCACAACAAUAACAAUGAAUACAUUUGCAGGUUUCUGCUUAUGCACCCUUAUUAUCCUUGCAGUUACACUUUCCAUUUCCGUAACCCUAUACCUAAUGGCCAACAUCCACCGAGGCCCACGCUUUUACGUAAAAGAAUUCUAUGUUCCCGCCCUCGAUCUCUCCCAAUUACCCACAACUUCAAAUAAUAAUAAUAAAAGCAAUUUUAUUAAUAAUACCAUAAUUACUAACCCUUGUCUCUUCUUCGAUCUCGCUUUCCUAAACAUCGAAUACGAGCGCAUUGUGCGCUACGGAGAUGUUAACCUCACCUUCUCCUACGGCAGAAAUAACAACGCCGUUGCGAAUUACGUAGUCCGGAGCUUUGACCAAUGGUGGUGGGAGGUGGACUACCGGCGGGAAGUUGUGGAGAGCCAAGGAGUGCCGUGGGAGGAUGCUGUGAAGGCGGUUUUGAAUGGGUCAAAGGUGGUUUUUAGGGUUGACCUGGCGGCGCGGCCCAAGUUUAAGAGACAGUUUGGGACGUAUUCCAAGAAAAAGGAUGUUAGGAUUGGUGCUGACGUGGAGGUUGAUGGAACGGGUCUCAAGGUGAAGAAAAAGGAUAUUAGGCUCAACUCGGCUGCUUCUCAGCGUAGGGUUGGGAUUUAUGUAUUGUUUCUGAGCCUUUUAGUUGCUAGGAAAUGCAUUUGAGUUUUUAUUAUCAUUUCUUUGUUUUCUAUAUGAUCAUAUACGUGUGAGUUGUGAC